CAAAAGUCAUAAGGCAUUACAAUUGUUUUAUUGGUGCUCCAAAGAAACACUUUUUGAGAAUUCUAAUGAAUGUGCCAUGAGCUCUCUCUCUCUCUCUCUCUCUCUCUCUCUCUCCUCAUAGUCAAGCAAAGCAUCAAACUCUUUAAUGGAUGAGCAACGCCAAACUAUUCCUUUAAAAUCCUCUUUCCCCUAACACCACCUACUCCUCCUCUACACCUUAAAUGCCAUAUACCCUCCUUGUCUUUUAAAAGUGUAUGCAACUAUAGUGAUGAAGUGAUGAAGGUGACGAGCAAGCUCUUCGCGGCCCUAGAUGCGUUCAUGGACCAUGCAAUACGUAAAGCUUCGACGGCCGAGCACACCAUCAUCACCAACAUAGAAGCUACGAUCGUGCGAUGCACCAGCCACCACGACGCACCUAUAGACGAUAAGUUCGAGAGCACGCGGGACCCCGUGGUGGCGCUAAAAUCUCUUCUACUCCUCCACCGCCUUCUUCGCGGCGGCGAUCGGUACUUCGAGCAAGAUCUACGCAGUCAAGACCUUAGAAUCGAUCUCUCAUGGUGCUUGGGCCGUCCGAAUGGCUUGCACUCCUUCCUCCUCAGCUAUUCAUCCUUUCUCAGAGAGAGGAUGGUGUGGAUCAUCAACCAAGCUGGAAAUCUAGAGCCAAGCAGGCCACACAGAAAAGAGCCUCUAUCUUAUGAAGAGGAAGCGAUCGAGUCGGUUAUAUUUAGACUUUCGAAGUGCCAAAGCCUUCUGGAUCGGGUCAUGGAUUGUUUGCCCGUCGAUGUUUUGAGCAACGGGCGGGUGAUUCAGUCGGCGGUCAACAUUAUCUUAAGAGAGAGUUUUCGGGUUUACGAGAGCUUCCAAGAAAUGAUAGAGGAUUUGGCGAGAUCCACCUUCGAUCUUAAGAAGUCUUUGAGGGUUUCAGCUCAUGAAAUCCUCAAGAAAGCAUGCGCACAAACGAUUAGACUUCAUGAAUUCUAUCAAAAUUGCAAGAGAAGCAUUUUUGGCAAGGGCUUGGACUAUCCUUGUGUGAGAAUUAUUGCGCCCACCCAAAUCUCAUCAAUAGAGCAGUUUUUGCCCAGUUAUUGUUACGAACGUAUGGCAAUCCCUGAGGACGAGAAGAAGAAUGAAACGCAAACAACAAGCGAAGAGUCUCCGACCGAAUCCAACGAACCAAUCGGUGCUCUAUUUUCUCAAAAGUUGGAAACAACGAUAAGCACCGUGUGGGUCGAGUUCGAUGAAGAAGAUGUACAAACUUUGAGCUUCUCAUUGGCAUCGAGUUCGACAGAUAGUUCGUCAACAGGACACGCAAUGCAGACGCUAGCUAUGACCGAAUUUAUCGGUUUCUCUUCCGAGCUAUGAGGAUCGACUCUUCAGAGAGAGACCAAGCUAACUAUUUACCUACAUCAUUACUAUUAUUAUUAUUAUUAUUAUUUUUCCUUCUGGUUCUUAUUUGCUUGCUUUAGUAGCUUGAAUGGUGUCUUGUUGUGGGGGUGGAUUUUGCAUUAUUAUAACUGCUGCUGAUAUUCUUUGUUUUCACAAAGUUUGCUCGAGAAAUUAAUGAAUCCAUUUCUUCUGGGUGGAUUUCAGUAAUAAAA